AAAAGGGGGGGUGCUCUGUUUCGUCUUUUGGCUUUUGAGGCGGUGAUGACAUCCAUGCAACGUGCAAAGAUGACAUUGUUUUGAUUUUAAAAUUGAAAAUUACGGAAUCAUUCAGCAGAUUGGGGUUAGCUUUUUUUCUUGGGGUUUUUUGGAUUGAAGAUGGAAGAGAUGGUUCAACACAUAUCUCGGGCGAAGAUUGCUCCCAUCCACCACACCCCUAUAAUCACACCAUUGAGCUUUUUCCUCCGACAUUGCUUUAAUCUGCCGCAUGCAUGAACAUAAGCUUCUUCCCGAAAUCUCUGUUCCCCUGUUCUGUUUUUUUAACCAUCUAGCCUUUUCUUCCCUAGCCUCAAUUGGUUCAAUUCAAUGUCUCUGACUCUUUUAUAGAGAGAGAGAGAGAGAGAGAGAGAGAGAGAGAGAGGGUGAAUUUUUUGGUGUAGAUUGGUAAAGGGGAAACAGGGAGACAGAUCAAAGCAUAGGUGGAGGGAUGUUGCAGAGAGCUGCAAGCAAUGCGUAUUCAUGGUGGUGGGCGAGCCACAUCAGGACCAAGCAGUCCAAAUGGCUCGAGCAAAACCUCCAGGAUAUGGAGGAAAAGGUGAAAGAAGUUCUUAAACUCAUUGAAGAGGAUGGAGACUCCUUUGCCAAGAGAGCAGAGAUGUACUACAAGAAGAGGCCAGAACUGAUAAGCUUUGUAGAAGAAUCAUACCGAGCAUAUAGAGCCUUAGCCGAACGGUAUGACCACAUUUCAACAGAGCUACAAAAUGCUAACACCACCAUUGCUUCUGUUUUCCCAGAACAAGUCCAGUUUGCAAUGGAUGAGGAAGAUGAAGCUGGAUCACCAAAAAUUCAAAAGAAGUCUCAUGACGGCCCAAAAUCAAAUGUCCCAAAGGUUCCAAACAUUCCAACCAAAGAUCUAAAAGGUCUCUUAACAUUAUCUAUGAAGAGAAUGAAACCGAAGAGGGGAACAAAAGUAGGAACCACUACUGCUGCCAAGUCCGGUUUGAGCAAAACAGAGGCACUCAAAGAGAUUGACGCGCUUCAGAAAGGAAUUUUGGCCCUGCAAACUGAGAAGGAAUUUGUGAAGGUAUCUUCUGAAAGUAGCAUUGCCAAAUACUGGGAAAUUGAGAAACAGAUUGCAGAAAUGCAGGAGAAAAUUUGCAAAUUACAAGAUGAAUUCAGCAUUGGUGCUGUCAUUGAGGAUGACGAGGCCCGUAAUUUGAUGGCAGCAGCAGCUCUAAAAUCAUGCCAAGAGACCUUGGCUCAGUUGCAGGAGAGACAAGAGGGAUCGACCGAGGAAGCAAGAGUAGAGCACCAAAGGAUUAAGGAUGCUCGAGGGAAGUUGGAGAUCCUUAAGGAUAAGUUUCUUCAGAACCAAACCGAUCAAGAAAAUCCAUUUGACAAAUAUGAAUCCGGGGAAGAGGGUGGAAAACCAAAUAGCUUAAACAAAGAAGUGGACCCUGCAGUGCAAGAGAGGGAGCUGUCGUCAUUGAGAGAGAAGAUUAAGGAACAAUUUGAGGUUGGCUCCAGUACAUCCCUUACUGUGGCAGAAAUGGCAGACAAGGUUGAUGAGCUCGUGACCAAGGUCGUUAGCUUAGAAACUGCUGUUUCAUCUCAGACUGCUCUUAUAAGGAGAUUAAGAACAGAAACUGAUGAUCUUCAAGAACAAAUUCGGAGCUUGGAAGAUGAAAGGGCAACUCUCAUUUAUGGUAAAAAUGAUUUGAGCAGUAAACUGAGGGAAAUGAAGGAAAAAUUGCACGGAAUUCAAGACCUGAACCAAAAUAUUAAAGAUCAAAACAACAACCUCCAAACACAUUUUACUCAAGCACAUUGUAAUCUUGAUCACCUGACAAAUAAACUGCAUAGCGUGAUGCCAGAUGAGAAGCUUGAGGUUAAAUAUUUGUUACAAAAAGGAGGAUUGGCAAUGGAAAUUAAAUCUCAAAAUGCGACUGAACUGGGAGAUGCAGCUAAUUCUAGUGAUGGUUGUGUCAAGCCGCAGACUGCAAGGACUGAUAAGGAGUUUGAGGUUACCAAGUCAAUGCAAAAAAACAAAGGAUCUCUACCUGAAAUCAGGGUACAAAAAGAGUUUAAAGAACAAGAGAAUGAACUGAAUCUCGGGAAUGAUUUCAGCAGAGCUAAAAAUGCAGAAACAGAAGUUGGAGAGGAUAAGAAAGAGAAAGCCUCCAGUGGUUCAGUUAAAGAACAAGCAGAAGAAGAUAAGCCAAACUGGGAUAAGGGAGAUUCGUCCCAGACAAUUGACAAUCAUCUCAUUGCUGAACUACACAAACUUGAAACAGACCAAGAAGAUGAGCCAAACUGGCAGCAGUUGUUCUCGAAUGGAAUGGAAGAUCGAGAAAAAAUUCUAGUGGAGAAGUAUGCUAAAGUCCUUCAAAAUUUUCAAGAAAUCAAGAAGAAACUCAGUGAAUCGGAAAAGAAAAAUGGGGACAGCCACUUUGAAACAAAUGUGCAUCUAAGAGAACUGGAGAGUGCUAAUGCCAAGAAGGAUGAAGAAAUUCAAUCUUUACAUCAGAAACUGACAGUACUGCAAGCCAGUUUGGUUAAAAAUAAGAACCUGAAAGAAAAUAUAGAUUUUGACAACCAGCAGUCCUCUAAUUUGUUAGAUGAUCAAACUGUUGAACAAAUCGAAAGACCUGAGGCGCCUACAGUAAGGAAAGAGGAAUCAACUGUAACCGAACCCCCAAAUUCUAAACCAAUAGAGGAAGACGAUGAAGGUGAUGUCAAGGUAAUUCUAAUUGACCAAGCACAUGCCGCUUCUGCAAUUGAAGAAAAGUUCCGGAUGAGCAUUGAUGAACUCCUCGAACAGAACCUGGAUUUCUGGUUAAGAUUCAGCACUUCAUUCCAUCAGAUACAGAAAUUUCAAACUGGGAUUCAAGAUUUACAAGCUGAAAUAUCUAAGAUUAAUGAAAAAAUUGAGGAGAAGGAUGAAGGAAGUAGUAGCCCAGAACCUUCUCUGAAGUCAGAUGCUCGGCCAAUAUACAAACACCUGAGAGAGAUACAGACUGAGCUAGCAGUCUGGGUGGAACAAAGUGUGGUAUUGAAAGAUGAAUUGCAGUGCAGAUUUUCCUCUCUGUGCAACAUUCAGGAAGAAAUAACAAAAGCUUUAAAGGCAGGUUCUGAAGACGAAGGCAACAAGUUUACGAGUUACCAAGCUGCAAAGUUUCAAGGUGAAGUUUUGAACAUGCAACAAGAGAAUAACAAGGUAGCAGAUGAGCUGCAAGCAGGUUUAGAUCAUGUAACAGGACUGCAACUUGAAAUUGAGAAGACUUUGGCAAAGUUGAAUGAGGAAUUCAAACUUUCUGGAUCAAAGAACCAUAGUCAUUCCCCACUGAGGCACUCAACAAGUCGUACUCGAGUUCCCUUGCGAUCAUUUAUCUUUGGGACUAAACCAAAGAAGCAGAAGCCAUCACUAUUCGCCUGCAUGAAUCCUGCUCUGAACAGAAAAUACAACAAUCUGAGAGCCGGACUUCCAACGUCUUUGAAAUCUAGCAGCCGGAGAAGGAAUUCAUAGUUAGGCACACAGUUUGGGGAAGAAGAAAACUAAAUCUCUUUCCAUGUUACAACUAGGAGCAAAUAAAGGGCAACUGGUCUUCUCUAAGUUCAAAUGCAAAUGAGCAUGGGACUCAACCGCAUGUCUGAUCAAGACCUAACACCUCUCAUGUACCAAGCUGCUGAUGCAACAAGACAUGUACCAACUCAUGGAGGUCAGAUCCUUCUACUAAUCCUUAACAAAGAAAAAUGUAAUCAAAAAAUAUGUCAGGCUACUGGAAAAGAUGAUCAGUUUAUUAUUCCUUUGUUGCUCAUGCUCUGUUAUAAUGUCAAUAUGUAAAUGAUCCUUCUACUAACUCCUAUUAGCAUGGUUAAUUAUUUUUU